GGCAGGGGUGGUAUCUUGAGGUUGAAGCACUGCACCAUUGGGUGGUUUUGUGCCAUUUAAUGUGAGAUGUACAGAUGAAGUUGGUAUAGGCUCGUCCUUGGCUGGGAGCGUCGCCGUAAGUGGCGGGGUAGAGAGUGGCUUCUGGUCGAAAGCAACAGCAGCGUCCUGCAUAUCGAUAUCCUGGCUUGGUGAUUCAGAAUAUUCCAUAGUGAACGAAUCUUGUCCCGAAAUGUUCACAUCAGUCGUAGCAAGUACCAUGUCCUGGUUUUCAUCCACCACAGAGGCCUGGACAGAGAUAUCAUAGUGGGAGUCCACAAUAACAGAGUCUUCGAUCACUGUGUUUUCGAUCUCAGGAACGACGAGAACGUCCUGUGGGGUAACUGAAGAUUCGGCCGGAGGGGGUGAUUCUACCACAGCUUCGUAUAGUAUUCCAUUUGGACUCCCAGAGUUCCGUAUGCCGUCCUGCUGCAGAGAAUCCUCGGCAUUGGACAAGACAUCCAUGACCUCGGAUGGCGCACCAUUAGGCUGUGGUAGAUUGUGGCUUUCUUCUGCAUUCAUAAGAAACUUCUAAGCUUGUCACGACUCGUCGACAACGGUUCAAAUGGAAAAGAGCUAUAGGCGAGGUAGUAUUGUAUAUCGAAGAAGGUCGAGGAGUGGUUGAUGAAGGAAAACGAGCGCCAAUUCAGACGCAACUGAACUUUUGCCUGCAGCCCAGUCCAGUUUCGGGGUAUACGAGUACUUAUACUCUAUCAUCUCUUGGUCUCCUACCUACCCGAUCCAUUUCUCAAAAUGGUCUCAGCAUCAGAAUGGGCUGCUCCUCCAACGCGAACGGAGCUGAUUGAGAACCUCGUCUCUGGAGUCGACAGAUACAACCCUAACAAUGUCGGUAUCCUUGAGGACUACCUGUAUCAUCAAAUCCGAAGCCAGGAGUACGAUUGCUUAGCCAACCUUGCUAUCCUGAAAUUGUAUCAAUUCAAUCCUGACUUGUACAACCCUGAUGUCGUUAUCAAUAUCCUCAUCAAAGCCCUCACUGCAUACCCCUUCCCCGACUUUAACCUCUGCAUCUCCUUGCUUGACGAACGCCCAUUCCCCGCAAACCCUGAUGAACCUGAUCCUCUGCCGUCCCUUCUGCCUGUCCUCACUUCCCUUUACAAUCUCCUUCAACAAUGUCGCUUCCCCGCGUUUUGGGCUCUUUACCGGUCGGACAAGGCCGAAUCCUUGAGAGAUAACUACACCGUCGAGUGUGUAGGGUUUGAAGAUUCAGUCAGAGAGGUGGUCAUUCGUGCUGUGACUCCUGCGUUCAAGCGGAUAGGCACCGACCGACUCUCCACUUAUCUCGACCUUUCUGGAGAUGACUUGACGGCUUAUAUUGAAAAGCUCGGCUGGUCGCUUGACGCAGAGUCUGGUGUAGCCACUCUCCCUCUCAAUCCUGACAACCAGAUUGUAUCGACUGUUGUUCAAGAAAACAUCCAGCUACCACGUACGUUGAAAAAAGACUUGAUGUGGUUGCAUUAUGCUAAUUUGCAUGUUAGAGCUGACAAAAAUCAUCGCACACACACAAACCGUUGCGUGAACGGCACAGGGGUAGACAUAGAUGACCCGAGGAGAACGGAUGUUGUGAUAUACUUGCUUUUCGCUAUUCCCGGGCUUUACGUUCUCCAGCACACUCUCGACUCUGUAAGAAUCCGUGAUAAAGGUCAUCAGUCAUCGAUUCGUAAGAGAUCAAGUAUCCUGUCUAAGUACAUGAGAAUCGUAAGCCGUGAAAAUACAAGGAUAUAAUCAUUCCAUUGGGUAUCUUUUUAUUCCCUCGUUGACCAAAAUGCUGCACCCGUGCCCCAGGUAGCCAUCACGAUUGCGACGGCGAGAACGAGGGCAUCAUACCAUUUUACCUGUCCUCUCAAAGCCAUCUUCGCCAAUAUUGGGCCAAUGACGCAUAGUAAGAAUGAUGAGAAAGCACCGAGGAAUGCCAUCAUAGAGCUAAACUCUGGUACGAGAAUGGACACGCCAACCGAGGCUAGCGCAAAUAACACCCUUUCGAUGGCCAUGGCGAUGUUUUUGUAGACCACGCUGCGCGUAGAAACAGCUGGUGCGCCCUCAUCAGAGGUCUUAGUGACGAGACCAUGGUCAUCGGGUGCAGAUGCUCCAGAGUCAAUGCCGAGAAAGAUCUCCAGCGUGAUGUUGAGAGGUCGAGCAGCCAAAGCAUAUUUCGAUCUAAUAAUGGACGUAUUAUGAGUGGAAUCUCCCUGCUGGAGGCGAAUGGUACUAACAAAGGAGCGAGAACGAGUCCCCAAAGGGCUACCCGGUUGAGAAUUGGGUUGUAGCCAGGGAUCUUCAUAAGGUCCUUACUGAACUAUUCGGCACUGUUAACAUGUUGCCUGUUGGAAUGUAGUAGCUAUGCUUACCUCGUCGCUAACCGAGUUACCAAACAUGAGAUAGCCGGCAAUACCGAUGACGGCAUAGAUAAAUGUAGCAGC